AUGCCUCUGGCGCUGGCGCUGCUGCUGCUGCUGCUGGGCCUGCGUGCCCCCGGAGCCCGGGGCUGCCUGCAGUGUGACCCCUCGGUGCAGGAGGCCCUGAGCCAGCUGCGCUUGGCCCUCGUCCCGAAGCGCUUCCUUCAGGAGCAGCUGCGGGUCCGCGCCCGGGCCUUGCUGCUGGGCAUGGAGGGGCCUUUCUUCCGCGACUACGCUCUGAACGCGUUUGUGGGGAAAGUGGGGAUAGAUCACCUGAAACACGUGGUGUCCUUUAUCAAGAACCAAACAGGCCACUUAAUGGUAAAUUCUCUAAGAGAUGAGCCCCUGCUGGAAGAACUGGUGGCUGUCAGGGAGAGAGUCCUCAAAGAACUCAAGAAAGGUUUAAAAUUGUAUAAAGUAAAAGCCUGCAAUCACAGAACUUGCCACUUGAUGAAAGAAGUAGUCUUGGACUGUUUACAUUGCCAGAAGAUCAGUCCCAGCUGUAUCAAAAGAAAGUACUGUUUUGCUGACAGGCAGCCGCGCAUGAACCUGCAGUACGAGAAGGGGCAUGGAUACCAGCAGAAUCCAGCCGUGUUUGGUGGCACCGUUUCCGUGUUUCUGGCUGUCCUUGCCUUCGGGGUCAUUGUGGCUUCGGCUGUUACUUACAGGCAAAACCGAAAACUCCUGCUGCAGUAGGGCCGUGGUUUCAGGUUUGUAAGGGAAAAGGAAAAGAAGUUUAAUAAAGUCUAUGAUAAAUUC